UAAACAAACCAACGGUGUCGCUUUCACAGAUAGGAUAUUCCCACGUACAAAAUCAGCUGUGAAUUACUUAUACAGACUGAUUGACGGCUCUGUAAUUUUCAAUAAUAACUUAUUACUAAAGAACGGAUCUGCAGACAUUUGAAACAAAAAUUUGUGUUCAAAUCAUUUUCAUCGAACGGGUUAAUUGUCGUUCUGUAUGCUACCUCAAUUCCUAUUCUGUGUUGUGGAUAUGGAAUGAUAACAACGGAGUCAGUGUUCUAUUGCUUAACUUUGGACUGUACUUAUCGUCAGGGAUUUCGGGAUUAACAUACAAGUGUACAUUACAUGUUUACUAUUACCAUGGAAUAUCCAAGAGUCUCUGUGACUGGCGUCAUUCUCAAGUUUAAACUUAUAUUGGUCAUCGAAGUCUGCUUAUCGACGCAACAAACAACCUUGUUGGACAUUGGUGUGAUAGCGGAUGGCUGUCUGAGCAACAAAGCUAUUACUAAUCAGACACUGACAUCUACCACAGUUUGGGACGAGUCUCUAGCUGUGCAGCUUCACUGGGCGUAUCUCGACAGCAGAGAUACGUACCAGCUCUUACGAACAGUAAUGGAACUCCGACACAGUGGAAUGGAUGCAAUUUUACUCGCAUAUGACUUGCAAUAUAUUGGUGGUUUGCCAAAAGAAAUUGUUAACGAAGAUAUCCCAGUUUUAGCCCUGGGCGGAAGAGUAAAUACAAACUUAGUCGGUGAUGUUGAUAGUGACAACAACUGCCGAUCAUCUUUCUCGCCUCCGGAAACAACUAAACAAAAUGAGGAAUGUUUACCUCCACUUUUUAGUGUAGAUCGCCUGUCUACGACCCAUAGCAACUUCAGUCUUUCUUACCUGGAUUCAAAUAUCAUCUCCGUACUUCAUCAUCUCCGCUGGACAGAACAAAUAAUCCUGUAUGAGAAAACAAUUGAGUUUUACGUCGAUAGAAUCAUCCAGAUAUUAUCAUACGAGGGACGUUUUUUGGUUACCUACGAUGUUAGCAGUAUGGAUAAAGAUCAGAUUCACCAAUUGCUACAGACAUUUGAUGAAUCACAGGAUUACGAGAAAAUCAACAUUACCGUCAUUGGUCACACCAAAUCUGUCGAGAAAGUGUUGUUCACAGCAGGCCAGUAUGUCAGGAACAAUUACAGGAAGUCGUCCUUGAGUAUUCGUUCGCUAUGGCUGGUUUUUCUUCUCACGGACAACAAUGACAUGGGGAAAAUACAGGAAUACACAGUGAAUAUUGACAACGUGGCUGUUAUUCUCCUUCCGACAUUCUUCGUUAGCAAGAAAGACAAUGGGACAACAGAUGUGCACCAGCUUGUACGAAAAGCUCUAUUUAACAUCGGUUCAAAUAUCACAAUGACAGAAAUGAAUAAAUCUGAGAUGAAUGACUUGAUCCUGGAAUUUAUAUACUCGGAGUUGCAGAUAUGUCACUGGUCACCCGUACAGACGCUAAUGUUCACGGUCGAAGGGCGUGGCUGGAGUCACGUGGGGUAUGUGGAUACAACGGGGAAGACUGCCUUUCACGCGGUGAUAUUUCCCAAUACGGGGUUUGGAUUCAAUCGGCGCAAAUUUGCGGUGUCUACUCUGGAGUGGGCUCCGUUUGUCAUUGCCUUCCCAAACAACACUUACUCUGGACUGUGUUUCGACCUGUUAGAUCACAUGGCGACAAGUCUUAAUUUCACAUUUGUGGUUGAUGUUCCUCCUGAUGGACAGUGGGGAGUGAUUAAUUCCAAUGGUACAUGGACUGGCAUGGUAGGACAAUUAGCCAGAAGGGAAAUCGAUAUCGUAGCUGCCCCACUAUCUACACAGGCCAAGCGUGAGGAAGUAAUGGAUUUCACCUACUCAUUUUAUAUAGACUACACCACAAUUCUAAUGAAGAAAAAAGAUCCAAAUCUAACAAAAUGGCGGACUCUAAUAGAUCCGUUUAGUGAAGAACUGCUGUUAUGUGUUUGCAUUUCACUCCCAGUGGUGUCUCUGCUGCUUUUUCUGUUCGAGCGAUUCAGUCCGUUUUACGUUGGAGAUGACGAGCGAGAAGGGAAAAGUGGCUUACACACCUACCAGGACGCGUUUUGGUAUAUGUAUGGGGCCCUUCUUACACAAGGGGGAGAACACCUUCCACGAUCACAGACUGGUCGAACGUUGCUCAGCUCCUGGUGGCUUUUCUGUAUCAUUAUGAUGGCAACAUAUAGUGGCAACCUUAUUGCCUUUCUCACUGUCAACAAGGAUAAGCCACCCUUCUCUACUGUGGUGGGCAUGCUCCAGCAGGACAAUUACCGCUGGGGCACCAUUGGGGGGAGUUCAUGGAUCACAGCAUUUAACGAGACUCGCGCCCCCGAUUUAAUGAAGGUAUGGGCAAAGAUGUUGGAGUUCAAUUCCUCAGAUGCCAGUAUCUUGAGUUCACAAUCUAGUGAACACUUUACAAAGGUGCUUGGAGGGGGAUAUGCCUACAUCGGGGAUAAGACGCAAAUGGAAAUAAAGAUGGCAAAAGAAUGUUCUCUUCUGAUAUCGGAUGACGAAUUCAUGCCCUUGCAAUACGCGUUUGGACUUCCUAACUUCUCGCCUUAUACAAAAAUGUUUUCAGACGAAUUACUGCAUAUACACGAGAGUGGGUUAUUACACAUAUGGAAAUCCCGCUGGUGGCCCCAGAGAAACUUUUGUGACGGCGAGUUGGUGACAUCCGCCAAGACAAUUACGUUGAUAGAUGUCCAAAGUGCGUUUUAUCUUAUUGGUAUUGGACUGGCUCUAGCAACACUAAUAAUCAUCAUAGAAAAGGUUGUGUUUUGGUACCAGACCAGAGUUCCUUGUCAGAGUUCAAAACAAUAUAGCGCAGAUAAUCAGACGAAGUUGAUGAAUGGUAAUAUUCAAUACAUUGCUUCCAAUUCUCAGUAAGUGACUAUGAGCUAUUGUACGUGCAAAUAUUUGGAUAGCUAUUAUCUACAAAGUAUGAGUUUCACAUUUUUGUGUGUUGCAUUAAAAUCAUUAACAUCAUUUA